CCCAUUUUCUGACUUUGGUUUCCAAGAUUUGAUUUUCUUCUUCAACAUGAUUGAUCGAAGUCUCGUGAACUGAGUUUUCACGAUCAUUCGCGAUCGUCUAUAAAUCGAUUUGACUUUUCUUCAUAAAAAAAAAAUAAAAAAGAAAUGAACGCGGUGGGUAGGAUCGGGAGCUACAUCUACCGAGGCGUAGGCACGGUGUCAGGUCCGUUCCACCCAUUCGGUGGCGCCAUCGACAUUAUCGUCGUCGAGCAACCGGACGGCACGUUCAAAUCGUCUCCAUGGUACGUCAGAUUCGGCAAGUUUCAAGGGGUUUUGAAGAACAGAAGGAAUCUGAUCAAGAUCGAGGUCAAUGGCGUUGAUUCAGGUUUCACCAUGUACCUGGCUCAUACAGGCCAAGCUUACUUCCUCAGAGAAGUCGAAGAUCUGAUCGGAGAAGCCGAAGUCUACACUUUAUCUUCAGGCGACGAAGCCGAGACUAGUAGAAGGAGAAAGAGUAGUAGUGAUGGUGUUGAAAGGGUUAAGAUACCGUUGAAGUCUAAGAGCUGUAACUAUGAUUCAGCUAUUAGUCCUCGUGUUGUUGUUGGUAAUGGGAAGAUUGUUGGGAGGCCAGGGAUUCUAGGGUUUGUGUUUGGUGGUGGUAGAUCGGUUAAGGUAGAUGAUGAUGGUGUCACCUCCAUGGAGCGUGCUGAGAUUGCUGCUGAUCUCUUGGAUGUCAAGUGGUCUACCAAUAUAGAUACGCGCAAGUGCGUUAAAGGCAAAACUUCAAAGUCUUUUGAUGAUGGAACGAACAAGAGAAGCUUAUUAGUAGAUAGCCAUUCGAUAUUGGAAACUCCGCUUGUUGCGUCUCCUACGUUGCAGUAUCUUGAUGAGAAAGAGCAGGAUUUCCGUGAAAGCAGCAGCAAUGUGGCAGAUUAUUCAGUUAGAGUCGAACAAACCGAGCCGCCACUAGCAGAGGAUUCUGUUACAGGAUGUGGUUUGGAUUCUAAGCAAGAUAUGUUAGGUGUUGUGAAUGUCCCCACUAGGAGCAGCGCUGGCUCUCUUGUUCAAGAUGACAACAAAAUGGCAGUGGACGAUGGUUUUGAAAAGACUCAGUCAACAAAUGGAGAAAGCGUCUUUCAACCGGAGGUUGAAGAGGAACAGUUUUCCUUCAGCGAUAUUGGCGAUUGCAAAUCUGCUGAGACUUGUCCUGAAGAGACAAGUUUUCGUGAUACAGUAAAAGUUGAUGAAAAUGAAGUUAGUGUUGAAAACAGCGUGGAGGACUCAAAGGUCUUGUCAGAGCCGAUUGACAUAGAGAGAAAAAAAGAUAUCUCUGGAGAAGAAGAGAUGGACCGGUUGGCUGAAUCAUUACCUAUUAUGCGGCUUCACAACAACAAUGAUAUCGAUGCUAGUCCUUGUCAGCCUAUGAGCCAGUCAUUUGACCCAAGUUCCAAUACUUUGAAGGGUUUAGAUGCCGAAAACGUUGCUGACGGUAGACCAAACUUGCAGGCAUACAAACAUGUUAUCACUAAUCCUCAAGUGGUCGAGCUCUCUCUCUGCAAGCAUUUAUUACGUGAAGGAAUGGGAGCAGAAGCGGCUUCUCAGGCCUUCGAUUCAGAAAAACUGGAUAUGGAAAAAUUUGCUUCUUUGGGACCAUCAGUCUUGGAGAAUGAUAUGCUUAUAGUGAAGAUUGGUGGGUGUUAUUUUCCAUGGGAUGCAGCAGCUCCUAUUAUCUUAGGAGCGGUUUCAUUCGGGACUUCUCAAGUAUUUGAGCCCAAGGGCAUGAUAGCUGUUGACCGAAAUGAGAAAGCUGAUGCUGUAUUAGCUCCAAGCGGUGGAAGCUGGAACCUUUGGCCUUUCUCUCAACGACGAUCAAGGAAUGAUAGCGAAGCUUCUUCUAAGGACCCUGCUGAGCCUGAGGAGAAGAAACAAGAGAAGUCGUCGCCAAGACCAGUGAAGAAGACAGUCAGGGCAUUGACUCCAACGUCUGAACAAUUGGCUUCGCUGAAUCUGAAAGAAGGGAUGAAUAAAGUGAACUUCACGUUCUCCACGAAUAUUGUGGGUACACAACAGGUAGACGCGAGGAUCUACUUAUGGAAAUGGGAUGCUCGGAUAGUUGUUUCAGAUGUAGAUGGUACCAUCACAAGAUCCGAUGUGUUAGGCCAGUUCAUGCCUUUGGUUGGAAUAGAUUGGUCACAAACUGGUGUUACACAUUUAUUUUCAGCUGUUAAGGAAAACGGAUAUCAGCUGAUGUUCUUAAGUGCACGCGCAAUUUCUCAGGCGUCAGUCACAAGACAGUUUCUAGUUAAUCUUAAGCAGGAUGGGAAAGCAUUGCCGGAUGGGCCUGUUGUUAUUUCUCCCGAUGGCCUCUUUCCUUCGCUGUUUCGAGAAGUAAUUAGAAGAGCACCUCAUGAAUUCAAGAUUUCUUGCUUGGAGGAAAUACGAGCCUUGUUUCCUCCGGAACACAACCCGUUCUAUGCUGGUUUUGGAAACAGAGACACGGAUGAGAUAAGCUACCUUAAAGUCGGAAUUCCCCGGGGAAAGAUCUUCACUAUUAACCCAAAGGGAGAAGUAGCUGUGAAUCGUAGGGUGGAUACAAGGUCAUACACAAAUCUUCAUGCUCUUGUCAAUGGAAUGUUCCCAGCUACAACAACCUCUUCAGAACCGGAGGACUUUAACACAUGGAAUUUCUGGAAACUGCCGCCUCCACCGUUUAUGUGAUUAUGAUGAUGUUGGUUUAAGAAAACGUAGAUUAGGUGAUAGAAUAACAAAUGGUGGCCUCCAUCUUGAUUUUUUCUUUUAAAGGACAGUAGUUUUGGUUCUUUGUUUUUUUGUCACACUGGUUUCUUAUCACAAGUCUACGAUGUAUGCGCAGUUAUACUUGUAUAUAAAUACAUUAAUUUGUUGGACAGUA